AGUAGGAAAAUUUCGCUCAAUAUUCACCGACAUGACGUCUCGGUUCAUCGGGGCGUCGCUGAUUCAGAAUCCAUUGUCAUCAUUCACACCUCUUGUGCAAUCUGUAGAAUUCCAUGGCCAUUCUUUCUUUCCUGGCUCUCCUUUCCUUUGUACUUGUCAUUUCUCUUCGAGCUUCCAUGGCAGUUGAUUCCAUCCUUCAACCUAGUUCUCAGAUGAGUGGUGGCAAGAGAUUAGGGUCCAAAGGUGGAAGCUUUGAACUUGGCUUCUUCACUCCUGGAGACUCUGGUAAACACUAUCUGGGAAUUUGGUACAAGAACAUCCCAAUUCAGACAGUAGUUUGGGUAGCAAACAGAGUCAACCCAGUCAACGAUUCCUCUGCUGCAACCUUAACGCUAAACACUACAGGCAGUCUUGUCCUCACUCAAAACGAGACUGUGGUUUGGUACUCAAUUCCUGUGAAACUAGUGCAGAAUCCGGUAGCUGAGCUCCUAGAUUCUGGGAAUCUUGUGGUGAGAGAUAAGGAAGAAGCAGACCCAGAAGCCUAUUUGUGGCAAAGUUUCGACUUUCCAACUGACACACUAUUACCAGAGAUGAAAUUAGGAUGCGACCUAACCACAGGUUUGAAUAGGCGUCUUACAGCUUGGAAGAGUCAGGACGAUCCAUCUCCAGGAGACCUCUCUAUGACUGUAGCCCUCAAUAGUUAUCCUGACUUUUAUAUGCUGAGAGGAGAUUCAAAAAUCUUCAGAACUGGUCCGUGGAAUGGCAUGGGAUUUAGCGGCUCCCCAGAAUUAAAGCCAAAUCCUGUGUUUAGUUACACGUUCGUGUCCAACAAAAGCGGGGUCUACUAUUCGUACAGUCUCAAGGAUGACUCUGUAAUCACAAGGCUAACGAUGAACCAAUCCAAAUCUGUUCGUUAUCGUUAUGUGUGGACAGAGACUGAGAAAACCUGGAGGAUUUAUUCAACCAUUCCACAGGACUAUUGUGACACUUACGGGUUAUGUGGACCCAAUGGAAAUUGUAUCCUUUCUGAUUCACCAGUGUGCCAAUGCUUAGACGGGUUCGAGCCCAAGUCACCGCAAAAAUGGAACUCAAUAGACUGGUCUGAUGGUUGUGUCAGGAAAGUAAAACUGAAUUGUGAGGACAAAAAGAAGGUUGGGUUUCUCAAAGUGAGUGGGAUGAAAUUGCCAGAUACUACUCAUACUUGGCUGGAUGAGACAAUAGGCCUGGGAGAAUGCAGACAAAAGUGCUUGAACAACUGUUCUUGUAUGGCCUACGCAAAUUCAGAUAUAAGAGGACAAGGUGGUGGUUGUGCCAUGUGGUUUGGAGAUCUGAUUGACAUCAGACAAUUUUCUGCUGGGGGACAGGAUCUGUAUAUUCGGAUGGACGCUUCAGAACUAGGCUCACAAAAUGAGGGCAGGAAGAAGAUGACAAUAGCAGCCGCUACCAUUAUACCCGUUGUUGUUUUUGGGAUGCUUUUAUUUGGGAUGUGUUAUAUCAGAAAUGCGAAAAGAAAACUGAAUGAGGAACCAAAAAAUUUAGGAGCGCAAAGUAGUGAAGGACAAGAGGAAGAUCUGGACCUCCCAUUGCUUGACAUCUCUGAAAUAUCUACAGCGACUGAUAACUUCUCGAUGAAAAAGAAGAUUGGUGAAGGCGGCUUUGGACCUGUAUACAGGGGACGAUUGGAAAAUAAGCAAGAAAUUGCAGUGAAAAGGCUUUCAAAAAUUUCAGGACAAGGAGUCAAUGAGUUCAAGAAUGAAGUGAAACUGAUUGCAAAACUUCAACACCGAAAUCUUGUCAAAUUGCUUGGAUGCUGCAUACAAGAGCAAGAGAAAAUGCUAGUCUAUGAAUACAUGCCUAAUAGUAGCUUAGACUCCUUCAUAUUUGAUAACGAUAGAAGUAAAGUGCUCAAUUGGUGUAAGCGGUUUAGCAUUAUUUGUGGGAUUGCUCGAGGUCUUCUAUAUCUUCAUCAAGAUUCUAGAUUAAGGAUUAUUCAUAGGGAUCUCAAAGCAAGCAACAUUUUACUAGAUGAUGAGUUGAAUCCCAAAAUAUCAGACUUUGGGUUAGCUAGAUCUUUUGGAGGCGACCAGAUUGAGGGAAGCACAAACAGAGUAGUAGGGACUUAUGGCUACAUGUCACCAGAAUAUGCUGCCGACGGGUUGUUUUCAAUAAAAUCUGAUGUUUUCAGUUUUGGUGUUUUGUUGUUAGAGAUAAUAACUGGUAGAAAAAGUAAAGGCUUCUAUCAUGCAGACAAUACUAAUAACCUUGUUGGUCAUGCAUGGACACAAUGGAAAGAAGGAAGGGUUCUAGAACUCAUUGACAAAAAUAUUGAAGACUCAUGUAAUGAACCGGAAGUAUUGCGUUGUAUACACAUUGGCCUUUUGUGUGUUCAGCAUGAUCCUGAAGAUAGGCCUACUAUGUCAAUGGUGGUUCUAAUGCUAGGAAGCAAUAUGGAAUUGACAGAGCCCAAGCAACCUGGUUUUUAUGCGAGAAAACUGUCGAUUGAAACAAGUUCUUCUUCAACUCAGUUAGAACAUGUAUCUGCUAAUGAAAUGACAAUUUCUCAAUUAGAAGCUCGAUAAUAUUUAGAGUAUGUUUAGGAUGUUGUACUUGGAUUGGCAAUUUGAAAAUUUCUUGACUUUACUUCAGACCUAA